GUGCAACGAUUUCAAAAGUCAUUGCGAUUUCAAAAUGGAAUCCAACUCCAACUUGCCGGUCAGAAAUAAAGGUAAGAACAAACCACUGGCUUGCCACUGGUGCAAAUAAAAAAUGACACAUAAAGGUGAUAAAAUUUUGUCUCUUUAUUGAAAACAGUCGCUGGUACACAAUUAAACUAUUACAAAAUAGUCUGUAAGCUCUAGGCCAAGGCUAAACAUGGACACAUUAUCCACCAAACAGAGAAAAUAACCCGUCUGUAAAUAAGAGAUGGAACAGUCCUGUAACUGUGAGUUUAUCUAUCGACUCUCUAUCGCUUUAAUUACAAUAAUUUUCAUUACUUAAAAAAGUGUUUUUGUCUGUGCGUUGCGACGUAGUGACGUCAUGACGCUGGCUUCGCUGCGCUUUCAAAACUUAAUAGCUCCAGUGAAUUCCUACCCCGUGGACUUGCCUUGUGAGGAUUACGAUAUAUUGUGCCCUGACUCUGAUUACCUGUCAUGUCUUGAGUCAGACACAGAGUCAUUUUGCCUUCCCAAUGGAGCAGAGGUAAAAGUUACUCAUGACAAUAUAGGCCAGCUGAGCCUGUUUGGUGAGGAAGAUCCACCUCAUUCCCUUCUUGCCCUCCAUUUACCUGGGGAUGAAACCCGAGUGGUUGCCAUAUACAUACAUCACAAAUGGUGGCCCAUCACUGAUGUUUUGAAGACAUCCAGCAAAUCCAGAAAUGGACUUGUGUUUGUGGAGUCAGUAAUGGAGAGAGUUAUACUGUUCCUGCUGAGUCAGGUUGUGUUUGGAAUGUUGGAAAGGUCUCUGGGAGAACAUGUGUAUUUCUCAACUCAUCCUGUGUCAGAAUAUGGCAAAAUCUUCUGGAAAGAUGGAGAAGCAGUUGGCUUUUACACUGUUAAAAACAAAGGAAGCCUGUGCAAUGGAUACACUGCUCACAGUUACCUUCUCCCUGUGCUGGACACUGUGUUUGUGCGUAGCCACUGGAGGAGGAGCGGCUUAGCCAUGCAGAUGCUCCAGGAUUUCUGCAGGUCCAUGCCCACAGAGAGGGUACUGGGUAUUAGCUACCCCAUAUCUCCCAGUAUGUUUGGAGUAUGCAAGAAGUAUCUAGAGAUUCACCAGGAACAAAGAGAUCGCCUCUAUGAAGUGGAAGCUCCUGGGAAUUGGAGUCAGAGACGUAACGUGUGGUUGAACAUACUCCUGCAGCACCAGCCAACACACAGUGAUGGUUUGAUCUCAGAAGAGAGUCCACAUGUCACACAAUCUACGGAUAAACAGCUCACAGCCACUAAAGGGAAGAAGAACAUGCCACGACUCGCAGGCACUAAACCAAACAGACCCUGGAGAAGAUGUGUAAAGAAGCAACUAGCUGACCAGGCUGGGACACACCAGAAGUGGAAAAAAGCCAAGAUAUCCUAGUAAAUUCUGUUCUACUGAAAGGGUCUAGAUGUGGAAGGCAUACGAACGAGCUGUACUUUGUCACUGUUUGUUAAUCAUCAGUCUCAGGGAUUUGUAGUUGCAAUACAGCAUAAACCUAAAACAUGUGAAACAUUGAUUGCAGAGGUAACCAGGUGUUUAAAAUAAAUAAAUAAAUAAAUAAAGAAGACUUGUUACAUUUGAAA